UUGGAGAGAGGUCCUAAUGAGGAGGCUUCCUCCCAGCUUACUUCUAUGGCUGAACUGCGACGAGACAUCGAGGAGGCUUACAUGCUAGUGGAACACGGUCAAUUACCUGGUGCUGUUGAACUUCUAGGGAGGGCCAUUGAGAAAUGUCCUUGGGAUCCCAGCUUACACGAGACAAGAGCAGAGUGCUACAUACAAAUGGGGGAGUAUUACAAAGCGAUAAGUGACAUACGCCCCACAACGUCCUUACGGAGCGACAACAGACCAGCGUUUUAUAAGAUGAGUGAUCUCUACUACAAGCUGGGGGAGGCAGAAGAAUCUCUGAUUCAAAUCAGAGAGUGUUUGAAGCUGGACCCAGAUGACAAGCAGUGCCAACCACACUAUAAAAAGGUCAAGAAACUCGUCAAACAACUGAACGCAGCUCAGGAGGCGAAGGUCGCUGGCCAGUAUGAUGAGUGUCUGAACAAAGCAAAGCAGUUCAUGAAGACGGAACCCAACGUAGAGUUCUACCAGCUCAAGGGACAAUCAUAUCUCUGUCAUUGUUAUGGAAAGGGAGGCAACCUUCAGGACGCUUUGAUGCAUUGUAACAGAUUACUGAGCAGAGAACCAGAAAAUGUAGAAGCCUUGAUAGACAGAGCGGAGGUGUAUUUAGCCAGUGAAAAAUGGGACGAAGCAAUUAAUGAUUUCCAAAAAGCAACCAAUACAGACGAACAUAACCGCAGGGCUCAGGAUGGAUUGAACCGUGCACAGAAACUGUUAAAACAAUCAAAGAAGAGAGACUAUUACAAAAUUUUAGGAGUUAAAAGAACUGCAAGGAAAAAAGAAAUAUUAAAAGCCUACAGAAAACUGGCAGCUAAAUGGCACCCUGAUAAAUAUGAAGGGGACAAUAAACCCAUGGCCGAGAAGAAAUUUAUAGAUAUCGCUGCUGCCAAAGAAGUUCUUACAGAUAAAGAAAAGAGACAGAAAUUUGAUAACGGUGAGGAUCCCUUAGACCCCGAGCAGCAACAACAGGGAGGAGGGGGUCCAUUCUGGCACGAGGGCUUUAACCCAUUCGGAGGGGGCGGAUUUAAAUUCAAAUUCAACUUUAAUUAACGAGGUGCCUCAUUUUAGGAAAACUAGACAACUUACUAAAAGAAUACAUUGUAUUUAUUUGAUAUCAAGUUACAUGUGUGUACAUGUGUUAAUGUGCGUGUGAGGGUGCUAUCAUUUUUGUAGAGGAUAAUGUUGGAUCUCAUGUAUGGCAAGUAAGUCAGUUUCAGCACCUGCCUUUACACCAUGAAUGAAUUUGUUAUCUUCAAGGGAAAAUAUUGUAUCAUGUAAGAAAAAAUAUUAUCUGUGAUCUUAAUGUGAAUGUUGUGUGGUGCAUGUUGCUGAUUGGGUUUAUGUGUUUUGAAGUUGGAAAAUGUCUGGUGUAUAAAUGCCUGUGUAUGAUAAAGGAAAUGUGUGAUUUGAUAUGUUGGCUGUAGGUUAGAAUAUCUUUUUCAUACAAAGACAGCAAGUGUGAAAGUGUAAAAUAAUAAAUUGCUUUAGUUAUUGAACUCUGCAAAGCAAAUUUAAAGAUUUAAUGCAAGUUUAAACCCAAAAAAUGACAUGUUUUUGAAUACAUGUACAUGUACUUUCUAUUCAAUGGAGAAAUUUCUGUAAUAUUUAUAUGGGUCUGAGUUAUAGUGCUAAAUCAUUUUAGAAGAAAAUCUCAAUCAAAC